AUGGAGCUCUUCGAGACCAACCCUUAUUUUUUCCCGGACCAGAGGUUUUAUGAUGGGGAAAAUUUCCUGGGCUCCCGCUUGCAGGGCUACGAGCCGGCGGCAUUCCCCGAGCGGCCCGAGAUGGCCCUGUGUCCUGAAGGCAGGGUGGCUUUGGAGGAGAAGGACUCAGCCCUGCCUGAGCAUUGCCCUGGGCAAUGCCUGCCCUGGGCCUGCAAGGUUUGCAAGCGGAAGACGGUCUCCAUUGACCGGCGGCGGGCAGCCACCCUGCGGGAGAAACGCAGGUUGAAGAAGGUGAACGAAGCCUUCGAGGCGUUGAAACGCAGCACCCUGCUCAACCCCAACCAGCGGCUGCCCAAGGUGGAGAUCCUGCGCAGCGCCAUCCAGUACAUCGAGCGCCUGCAGAGCUUGCUCAGCACCCUCAACCAGCAGGAGCGGGAGCAGAGGGACCUGCGCUUCCGCCCCGCCGCUCCCCAGCCCGGGGCGGCCAGCGAGUGCGGGUCCGGCAGCUCGUCCUGCAGCCCCGAGUGGAGCAGCCAGCUGGAGUUCGGCACCAACCCUGCGGAUCACCUCCUGGCUGACGACGCGGCGGAGGACCGCAACCUCCACUCGCUCUCCUCCAUCGUGGAGAGCAUUGCCGUGGAGGAUGUGGCCGUGACGUUCCAGGAGGAGCGGGUUCAAAACUGA